GCUUUACUUUCAGCCAAUCAAAUUUACUGGUUGAAGGUGCCAUUGAACAGAGAAAAUAUUAGACGCAAUAUAUAUGCCAUCUUAGAAUAAAAAUUCAGCGAGGUUCUUUCUUUUCCGACGAGCUACGCUAUCAUUUUUGUUCAUAGAGUCUUAAAAUAUGACCAACUCCAAAGGUUAUCGUCGUGGUACAAGGGAUUUGUUUUCCCGAAAAUUCCGCAAACAUGGAACUAUUCCUCUGUCCACGUACAUGAAAGUGUACAAAGUUGGUGAUAUAGUUGACAUCAAGGGCAAUGGAGCUGUUCAAAAAGGAAUGCCAUAUAAGGUUUAUCACGGGAAGACUGGACGUGUAUUUAAUGUCACACCUCAUGCUCUUGGAGUUAUUGUUAACAAAAGGGUGCGUGGACGCAUCAUUGCAAAACGUAUUAAUGUGCGCAUUGAACAUCUUACUCACUCAAAGUGCAGAGAAGAUUUCUUAAAACGCGUGAAAGAAAAUGAAAGGCUUAGGAAAGAAGCAAAAGAAAAUAAAGUUCAAGUUCAACUUAAAAGACAGCCUGCUGAACCAUCUAAAGCUCAUAUUGUAUCAGGACGUGAGGCACCUAUAUUACUUGCACCUAUUCCUUAUGAAUUUAUUGCUUAAAGCUGCAAUAAAUAUGUUUUAAAAUAUAAAUUAUCUUUAUUGCUUAAUGCCCUUAGAUAUAUAAAUCAGGAAUUUAAUUAAUAAGAAUUAAUAUUUAUAGUCAUAAAGUUCUUUAAUUCUCACUUAUAUCUUAUAUAAGAUUAGAUAAUACUUCUUUUCAGAUAACAUAGUAUAAUAACAUUCAUAUAACAAAUAAUAAACAAUUGUUUUUUUACGUAGGAAACCAAUUCCCAGAUUAAUAGUUUAGCAUUGGCAUUUUUUUAAUAAAAAAGAAAAAAGAUUCAUAUACAUAUUAAUUUUUAGAAAUAAAAUCUCUCAACUGUACAGUUAAAAUGUGUAGAAAUUAAUUUAGAGAAUUACAUUAAUUUUAAAUGAUAAUGACUAUACUUAACAUAACUUCUUUUGUUAUGUUGAAUGGUUUUUAACUACAAUCUCUCGAUUGAUAAAACAAAAUAUAUCCAGUUUCUGAACUCUUCUGUAUAUCUGAGGUGAGCCCAUAGAAAUCCUCUAUAGUUGAUGCAUCAAUUUUCUAAAAAAUAUGAUUAAGUUAAAUUAAAUAUAUUCAUAGCUAAAAUAAUAAAUGUAUAUACUUUAUUUCUUAUGAGAAUAUAUCUUCUAAGGGUAUUUAAAAUAUAUAAUUUUUGUAUAAA